GUACGUGUCUUUCGCGACCUCCUGUCUAAUGUCACGUCGUAGCUAAAUUGAAACUUUGUCCUAUCCUAUCUAAUUAUUUCUCCACAAUAUUUUUCAACCUACCUCCACACUCUUGUAAUACCGCACAUAACCAACUUUUCACAUGUCAAAUCAUCUCAAUCUUAUCUUCCGCCAAAAUUAUUUCGACAUUUCACGAAUAUCCUCGUUUCUAAUUUUUUUGUCUCGUAAUAUAACCACACCUCCAUAAUGCAAGGCAACAUCCUUAUUUAUGCAAAAUUCAUCUUGUGAAAUAUGAGAAUUUCUUUGAUCAGCUAAUAGUCAACCCCUAACAAUAAAGUUGGUGUAACUAUCACUUGUAAAGAAAAUUUCCUUCAAGCCUUCACUAGAAGAAUAAACAUUGUUGAAGUGAGUAAUUAACUCAUAGCAGAGUAUGAGUGUGAUCAACUGCCUUGUCAUUUUCACCUGAAGAUUUGUUUUUGCUAGAUUUCUGUGUUUGUCUAACCAUUUUAGAAUUUAUGAUCACAUAAUCUAGUAGAUGGAGCUAGACUUGCAAUCUUGUGCUCGACUGCUCAAUACUGUUAACAGCAACCAAUCUCUUCCUAAUGGGAAGCAACUCCACCUCGUUUUCCUCAAAAGGGGUAUCCUUAACUCUGCUCUAACAAUAGCCAAUCGCCUUCUCCAAAUGUAUACCAGGUGUGGACAAAUGGCUGAUGCACAGUUACUGUUCGAUGAAAUGUCUCAGAGAAACUGCUUCACUUGGAAUACCAUGAUUGAAGGGUAUAUGAAAUGGGGGAAGAUGAACAACUCUUUGGACUUGUUUCGUUUAAUGCCUUCCAAGAAUGAAUUUUCUUGGAAUGUGGUCAUUCUUGGUCUUGUUAAAGCAGAGGAGUUGGGUGUUGCUAGAAGACUAUUGAGUGAAAUGCCACGGAAGAAUGAAGUAGUUUGGAAUGGACUUAUUCAUGGGUAUGCGAAAAUGGGAUUCCCUGGGGUGGCUUUAUGCUUGUUUAAGGAGUUUAUAGACUGGGAUUUUCGAGAGAUGGGCGGUGCAUCACAUAUAGAUUCAUUUGUUUUGGCAACUGCAUUAGGAGCUUGUGCUGACACAAGAAGUGCUGAUUUGGGGAAGCAAAUUCAUGCUCGUAUUAUAGUCAAUGAAGUUGAAGUUGAUUCUGUGUUGGCAAGUUCUUUAGUUAACAUGUAUGGAAAGGGUGGUGAUUUGGAUAAUGCGAACUAUAUUUUGAAUAGAAUGCAGAAUCCUGAUAACUUUUCCUUGUCAGCGCUAAUUUCAGCAUAUUCAAAACGUGGUCGAAUGGAUGAUGCCAGAAAGAUAUUCAACCUGAUAACUGAUCCUAGUAUUGUACUAUGGAACUCCAUGAUUUCUGGGUUUGUGUCAUGCGAUGAAGUGUUAGAAGCAUUAUUGCUUUUUGGAGAGAUGCACAGAGAAGGAGUUAUAGGAGAUUCCUCUACAUUAGCUAGUGUAUUGAACGCCUGCGCUAGUGCAUAUGCCCUUAAAAAUUGUUUGCAAGUGCAUGUUUAUGGUUUUAAGCUUGGACUGUUGGAUGACCUUGUCGUUGCUAGUGCGCUCAUUGACACAUAUGCCAAAUGUGGAUGUCCUGAUGAAGCUUCCAAUGUUUUUAAUGAACUCAAAACACAGGAUACCAUCUUGCUAAAUUCUAUGAUUACCAUAUAUUUUAACUGCAACAGAAUUGAAGAUGCGAGACAAUUAUUUGAGUCAAUGCCCUACAAGAGCUUAAUAUCUUGGAACUCUAUGAUAAUUGGUCUUAAUCAAAAUGGUUGUCCAGUUGAAGCACUUGAUCUUUUCUACAGAAUGAAUAGGAUGGAUUUUAGGAUGGACAAAUUUAGCUUUUCAAGUGUGAUCAGUGCCUGUGCAAGCAUUGCUUCAGUUGAACUUGGUGAACAGAUUUUCGCAAGAGUUGUUAUCAUCGGCCUUGAUGGUGAUCAAAUAAUUACUACCUCCUUAAUUGAUUUCUACUGCAAGUGUGGUUUUGUUAGUGAUGCCAGGAAGCUCUUUGACCAAAUGAUGAAAUCCGACGAGGUUUCGUGGAAUUCUAUGUUGAUGGGUUAUGCUACAAAUGGUUACGGAAAUGAAGCUUUGAAUCUAUUCCACGAAAUGAGAAGUGUGGGUGUUUCGCCAACAAAUAUCACAUUUAUUGGUGUCUUAUCUGCCUGUGAUCAUUGUGGUUUACUAGAAGAGGGAAAAAGGUGGUUUUAUUCAAUGAAUUACGAUUACCACAUUGAUCCAGGAAUUGAACAUUACUCCUGUAUGGUAGAUCUUUAUGCAAGAGCUGGAUGUCUCGAAGAAGCUGUGAACCUCAUCAAAAAGAUGCCAUUUGAGGCAGAUUCAAGCAUGUGGUUAUCCAUUUUGAGAGGAUGUGUAGCUCAUGGUAACAAGAUACUAGGACAGCUCGUGGCUCAACGCAUUAUAGAGCUUGAUCCUGAGAAUUCAGGUGCUUUCGUGCAGUUAUCAAACAUAUUUGCUACUUCUGAGGACUGGGAAAGAUCUGCUUUAGUCAGGAGGCUGAUGAUAGAAAAGAAAAUCCAUAAGAGUUCUGGUCGAAGCUGGAGUGAUAUGUAAGACAAAGUGCAGUACAGGUCUGCGGAUGAUUAUUGCAGCAGUUGGAGAAGAGGUUCUUGGAAUUGUGUGGAUGCAGAAAUGAAGAGUUCUUAGCUGUUCUGGUCACUAAGGUUGGUAUAGUGAUGUUGUUCAUGGGGAUGAGGGGGUCUGGUCUGCCUCCUAUAGUAGCGAUAACUCAAGUAAUUAUUCUUCCUACGCCCUUCAAAGGAUGCUCACACUCAAGGGAUCUUUGAAGCAUGUUCUGUCAUGGCUGAAAACGUGAAUGAAUCAGGUAUUUGUGCCGUGGCCGACCUCAGAGAGAACUAUUACCUGGCUGGAAAUAUUUUUUCUGGGAGAAUGAAGGGGGUUUCCCCUUAGGAUUGAAGCAGGAUAACAAGGCCUUGGAAAUGACCAGGUAUGAGCUGUUUGACGCUAAAUGCAGCUAAAAGUCAAACAGAUAUUCCGUGACUAAUCUAGUUGAACAAGCAAAAGAUAUGCUCACCUCUGUCCUCCAAUAAAAUUUGUUUGAUGUCUCGAAACAAAAGUGAGAUGCUUGUUUUCAGGUUGUAUGAACCUGGGAUGAAUUUGCAAAAGCGCUGAACAAGAAGAUAUUGGUCUGGCUCCCUGGUGGAUUGUGAGUCAAACAGACAUGAGGCAUUCCGCAGCUACAACAAUAAUAAUCCUUACUGCUCAUUUCCAUUUAUAGCUUGAUUUAAAAAUCUACCACCUGUGAAGACCGAAUCCGUCAACAAUGGUGUAAACCACCAUUCUGACAGGGUAGAAUCUAUACCUGCAGAUAGUAAAAUACCUCAACUUCAGGCGUUUGUCAAAGUUCAACAGUCAAGAAAAUGUGUUACAGCAAAUGAACUUCGAUCAAAUGGAAAAAAGGUAAUCACACUGAAAGAUGCUAGAGGCACUUCGUAAAAGUGUCACUGAAUGUGGAGAGGAAGUUGAUAUCAGCAACACCAGUAGAGUUUCUUGCAAAUCCUCCGGUGCCAGCGGCAUCUCCAUUCUCAGAGAUAUCUCCAGAUAUUGCACCUCUCUUGCCUUCUUCUGGUGGUGUGGUGCCUCCAGUUUCUUCAAUGCCAACUAUUCCUUCGAAUCCUAGUAAAAAUCCAGAUGAUGUGAUGUACCCUAUUGGCCCUGAUACUGCUGCUCUUGGACCUUCUGCUUUUUCACCUGUUUCCUCCGCUGUUUGUUGUGUUUCUCUUGCAACAUAUCUGAACAUUGCAGUACUGCUUCUAGUAAUCGGCUUAUUUUGUUCGAGUUAGACAUCUGGUAUUCGAAAUACACUGAUUUGUUAUUUGAGAAGUUGUAUAAUAUGGUCAGCACUAUAAAAUGCAGUUUCAAUCUUGUAUAAGUUGAUUCACUCUGAAAUUCACUUCUUUUACAAGGGA